AAAGAGCACUGGAGAAAAACAACAUCCUUGUCCUGGCCCGUUAACCAUUUCUAUCCAAUCAGAUGAUCGCGUCGUUGCUAUAUCACGUGUCAUAGGGUACAUUCACCAUCACGACUCCACAACCGCGUGUGGAGGAAGUGUAUUAAACGUAAAGGCUAUAUACAUGCAGGUGAAUGGAAAGCAGAACGCUACAGGUGUGUCGAGAUGGCGUGCGAUCGCUACCCCAUGUUUAAGCUGGUGCUACUCGGAGAACCAGGAGUUGGCAAAUCUUCUCUGUUCUUUCGUGCUAAGGAUAACACUUUCAACGAGGGCAACAGAUCCACAAUAGGAAUUGACAGUUGCACACGAAUCGUUCAGACGAAAAGGGAGAAAGUUAAGUUGUCGCUGUGGGACACCGCAGGAGUGGAGCGGUUCAGGACGUUGACCCGCAACUACUACCGAAACACACACGCCGUCGUACUCAUGUACGACGUCAACAACCCACACACACUCUCCUACCUCGCCAAGUGGGCUGACGACAGCACAGAGUUCGCCCCCACAGCUCAGCGGUUCCUCGUGGGCAACAAGACAGAUCUCUCAAGUUUCGUGGAAAACAGCAGUGUCCAUAACUUCGGCAUGGGCCACAACUGCGACAGCGCCUACCUCAUCUCAGCCAAGACUGAUCUUCGUUGUAGGCGACGGUGUGGAAGAGGCGAUGAGGGCGAUGGGGGACAAGCUGUUGAAGGCUCACCGAGAAAACAGUCUGACACAGUCAUGGCUUGAUGAGGUCAACCUUCAGAAACCUGCUAAAAAUGGCGGCUGUUGUUCAUAGCGAUUGGCAAAAGAAGAAUCGCACACAGACUUAUUUAUUACAUGUGAAUCCUUAACAAUCCUUGAAAACAUUCCAUCCAACAAAUGAUGUUGUCAUAGUGUGUAAUGCCAUGAAAACAAAGGGAGCUAACUUCAUCAAGUGAGUCAAGAAGAGUUACCGGUCCUACGUUGUGGAGAUGAUGGCGGUACUGCUGAAACCAGGAACACAAAUAAACGAAAGACAUGUUUUCUCCCAGGACAUGCAUGUUGCAUGCAUACCUCUGGAACAGCUAGCGGAUUUAGAUGUUACAAAAAAGAAUGCACAAUGUGCACUUAUGCCUCUCAAAAGAAGUUAAGGGUACUCCGAUUAUUUCAUAAUACUGUAGUAAAUCUGUAACAGCACGGCAAGAAUCGGUUGGUCCUUAACUUAUUUUUGAGUAGUAUAUAUCCCAUGUCUAGACAAGAAAGAGCAUGAUACAGACAUUUUGUUGGGAUUUCCGAGUUAUAACCAAGUUAACACGAUACUAGUCCAUGUCUGACUGAUGUGACCAUGUAAGGAAUCGAACUCAAGAUGUCUGUGCAAAAAGUAAAUGUCAAUCUUGACCAAAUCCGUUUUA